AUGCAUCCCCUCAUCACCCUCGAAGAACACUUCGUCUCCCCCAAAGUCAGCAGCGACAGCGCCGAAGCCCGCGCUCACUACGCCAAAUUCCCUCCCCAUGUCCUCUCCAAACUCGAGUGUCUCGGCGACGAGCGCAUCUCAGACCUCGACAAAGGAAAUGUAUCCUUACAGGUGAUCUCGCACGGCCCGGGAAACAUAUCCGCGCCCGUCUGCACCUCCACCAACGACGAUCUCGCUGCCGCCGUCGCGCAGCACCCGACGCGACUAGCCGGGUUCGCCAUGCUCCCGAUGAGCAAACCCCAAGCGGCAGCUGAUGAACUCGAGCGCUGCGUGACCGAGUUCGGCUUUCUCGGUGCUCUAGUGGAAAACCACCUCGACGGGGAAUUCUACGACGACGAGCGCUUCUGGGUCGUUUUUGAAAAGGCCCAACAACUAGAUGUCCCGAUUUAUAUCCACCCGACGUUUGCGUCCGAUUCCAUGCUGGAGCAUUACAAGGGGAACUACGACGACUCGGUCGCGUUGGCUUUAAGUGCGUACGGCUGGUCCUGGCACGCCGAGACGGGUCAUCAUAUUCUUCGUCUCUUCGCGAGUGGAUUGUUCGAUCGGUUUCCAAAACUCAAGAUCAUCAUUGGACAUAUGGGCGAGAUGUUGCCGUUUCAGCUAGAUCGCGUGUUCGCGGUCUCGGAACGAUGGGGUCAGAAAGAGCGGGGGCUGAGGGAGGUUUGGAGGAGUAAUAUCUGGGUGACGACGAGUGGGAUGUUUUCGCUUCCGCCGCUGCGUUGUUUGUUGGAUGUCAUGCCCAUCGAGCAUGUCUUGUACAGUGUUGAUUAUCCGUUCUCGACGAACGAGAAGGGGUUCGAGUUCUUGCAACAGAUCCGACAGAGUGGGUUGAUUGUGGGGGAGGAUUUGGAGUCGUUUGCGUAUCGGAAUGCAGAGAGAUUGCUCCGGGUUCAAGCGAAAAAGUAG